CUCGCCGCGUCUUUCAUUCCAGCGAUCGUCGGCUUUGACAUUCCCAAACAUAUUCUACUCAAAGCAACUUAGCAUCAAACUAUAGUGGCAAAUGACCUGUUCUUGUAGCAUUAGGGCUUUCUGGAUCAUCAGCACUCAAGAUACUGUCCUCUUCUCUAGACGGUUUCCGGUUGUGGAGAAGCGGUGGCGAGCGGCCUGUCAGCUAGAAAAUGUGAACUUGGGCGAAGAGAGCGUGAAAUCCACGCCGGCCGCGGCCCAUCUGCAUCCUUACUUGCCGACUGAUUCUGAGAUAGCUGCCGCAUUUGCUGAACGAAAAACUAGGGAGGGAUCUUCACGUGGAUUUGGUUUAAGGGUAAACAAAUCUGUUGAAGGAUCAGAUUCCUGGGUUGAUGAUCCCAUUGCACGUCACAUGAUAAGUCUGCUAAUAAACAAAGAAGAUGAAGUGAAUCAUAUUAUAUGGCCUUUGAUUAUGCACAUCAAGGGCCAUUAUUGUGUUCUUAUACUGCCAUUAGUUGAACCACAUCAGCUCAGAGUGCAUUCAAAUAUUUGUCAAAGAGCAGACUGUGGAAACUCUAUUGUAGCAGAAGAAAAUUUAUCUUCUCUUCUUCUUCACCUUCCAUCCAUCACAGGGGCCUUUAUUGUGGCUCAUAUGCUUGGAGAUGUUAUAACAGGCGAUGUAACAGAACCAGAAAUACUUAUAAACACAUCUCCAUCCGUGGGAGGGUUGUUGGAUUCUCUCACUGGAGGUAUUGGCAUUUCAGCAAGAGCAAAGCCUUUAGGUUCACCAGCUGCAGGACCUACUGGGUCCAGUAGUGGUAUUGGUGGAUCAGUGGCAACUGAUGGCCCAAAGGUUGGAUUGAGACCCCUCGACAAGGAUGCAAUUCGGUCUUUUAUUUGUAGCGCUAUGCCAUUUGGUACACCUUUGGACCUGAACUACACAAAUAUUUCAUCCAUCAAGAUUAAUGGUUUUCCAUCCGCAGAUAUGCCUCCUACAGAUAACAAGCAACCGGCAUGGAAGCCUUAUCUUUACAGAGGUAAGCAAAGGAUCCUCUUCACAAUUCAUGAGAUCGUUCAUGCUGCAAUGUAUGACCGCGAUGAGAUUCCAGAUAGCAUAAAGAUUUCAGGUCAAGUGAAUUGCCGGGCAGAGUUAGAGGGGUUGCCUGAUGUUAUGUUUCCAUUAACUGGGUUAGACACUGCUCAUCUAGAGCUAUUAUCAUUUCAUCAUUGUGCUCAAGUUCCAGAGCAUGGCAACGAUAAGCAAGCAUUGAUGUUCUCUCCACCAUUAGGGAAUUUUGUGUUAAUGCAUUAUCAAGCAUUUUGCCGCAUUGGCCCUCCAAUAAAAGGAUUCUACCAACUUUCAAUGGUCUCAGAGAAUGAAGGUGCAUUCUUGUUUAAAUUGCGUCUAAUGGAAGGUUACCGAUCUCCACUAUCCAUGGAUUUUUGUUCAGUAACCAUGCCCUUUCCUAGGAGAAAAGUGGUCUCUUUUGAUGGAACACCUUCUCUAGGAACAGUUUCAACCACUGAGCAUUCACUUGAAUGGAAAAUUAUCACGACUGGUAGAGGAGUCUCAGGGAAGAGUGUGGAGGCAACAUUUCCUGGAACAGUUAAGUUCGCUCCAUGGAAAAAACAAAGCCUUGGAAAUGUGGACGAUGAAGACGGUGAAACGGAUGCAACUGACAAUGCAAUAAACCUGGAGGACUUUUUAAUGGAAAAAAUGAGCAAGGACCUUCAAGCAGUUGAGUUGGAGGAGCCAUUUUGUUGGCAGGCAUAUGAUUAUGCUAAAGUCUCUUUCAAAAUAAUGGGAGGAACAGUAUCAGGAAUGACCAUUGAUCCAAAAUGUGUAACCAUUUUCCCAGCCGUCAAAGCACCUGUAGAAUUCUCGACUCAGGUCACAUCUGGUGAUUACGUUAUGUGGAACACAUUAGGAAAAUGCCCUGUUGCCCCUACACCAAAAGCUUAGUUCUGGUGCAUCUUGUGGUCUUAUGUAAAGGAGAAGCUAUAUAAAGAUAAGACAUUUUUUAUGCUCAGUUCCUAAUAUGGUGGAGCUGCAAUUUUCAAUUGCCCCCCACACCCCCCCCCCAAAAAAAAAGAAAAAGAAAAAAAGAACUGAUCUGUCUCAAGUAUUUUAAAAAUAUAAAAAGCUCUAACCUAUUUUAAUAAUACCCCUGUACUUGUUUAUAACAGAGAAUAGGAAUAGCUUUGUUGCAAAAUUUGGGAGAAUGUGUGAGUGCUAUAUGGAUCCAUUAGGUGUUUGUAUGGAAGGGAGGAAACGUGGAUAUAUGG